GUGGAUUCCGUCAACGUUUAGAAAGUCAAGAUAUUGUAUCAAACACAAAGACAUCAUCUCAUGAUAAUCCCUCGGAAUUAAUUGAUACUAGUUGUUCUUCCAGUCCAUCAUUGCCUUGCUUUUAUUCCAGUCAUAUAACUAAUCCAGUGUCAGUUGCGUUCACAUCAUCUACAAAUAUCUGCACUUCAAAAUCCCAUGGAGUCAAUAUAAACCAAUCAUGUCCAACUGGUGGCGGUGGUGGUGGUGGUGGUAUUUCAAAUAAUGAAAUACUUCAUCCGUCUUCUUAUGCUCAAAAUGUUUUUGGUAAUAAUUUACCAAAACCUACAAAUGUCACCUAUGUAAAUCAUCCAAUCUUUUAUAAUUCAGUAUUACCGAAUCAAUUUAUGCAUCGUUCUGAUUUAAAUCAAUUAGGUGGUAAAAUUAUAACUAAUACUACAAGUAAUUCAAUCAUUCCUGUAACUUCAACAAUAGUUUUAUCAACAGCCAGUGGAAAUAUACAACAACAACAACAACAAUCAUCUAUGAUAAGUGGUUCAAAUAAAAAUGGGACUCUGAAUACAACUCAGCAUAUUGAUCGUCGUCAUACAGACAGUAAUUAUGAUUAUAUUGUUCGACCUGGUGAAGUAUGGAUGGGACAGUAUUUAAUUAAUAGUCUUAUUGGUAAAGGAUCUUUUGGUCAGGUGAUGAAAGCUCAUGAUUGUAUUUCAAAUGAAGAUGUGGCUAUUAAAAUUAUCAAGAAUAAGCGUGCAUUCACUAAUCAAGCUCAGGUAGAAAUUCGACUACUACGUGAAAUGAACCAUUAUGUUGAAGAGGCUGUAGCCUCUGGAAAAGAACCACCACCAGGAUCUAAUUUGAUUGUUCGCUUGCUCACUCAUUUCACCUUCAGAGGACAUUUAUGCUUAGUAUUUGAAUUACUCUCCUAUAAUUUAUAUGAUCUUUUAAGAAAUACAAAUUUUCAUGGUGUUUCAUUGGGUUUAACAAGAAAAUUUGCCCAACAAUUAUGCUGUGCAUUAGAUUUUUUAUCUAGACCAGAAUUACAAAUUAUUCAUUGUGAUUUAAAACCUGAGAAUAUUCUACUUGUGAAUCCAAAACGUUCCACUAUAAAACUAGUCGACUUUGGUAGUUCAUGUCAUAUGAAUGAAAAAAUCUAUCAGUAUAUACAAUCACGUUAUUAUCGUUCACCUGAUGUUCUACUUGGUUUAGACUAUACAAUGAGUAUUGAUAUGUGGUCAUUAGGAUGUAUUUUAGUUGAAUUACACACUGGUGAACCUCUGUUUGCUGGACAAAAUGAAGUUGGACAAAUGAUGAAAAUUAUAGAAGUUCUUGGCAUGCCGCCUCGUUUGCUACUGGAUAAAAGUCGACGUUGGCAUGUAUUUUUUGAACGAACAGCCGAUCGAACUUAUGUACCUAAAGUUUCAUGUCAACAACCUGGAAGUCGUCGAUUGUCUGAAAUUUUAGGUGUUAAUUCCGGUGGACCACGAGGGAGGCGUUUACAUGAAGCUGGUCAUACUCCAAUGGAUUAUAGUAUUUUUUUGGAAUUUGUACUUCGAAUGCUCACGUUUGAUCCAGCUCGACGUAUAAGUCCAGCUGAAGCAUUAACGCAUCGCUUUUUUCGACGUCCAAAUACGAAUAAUAAUACAGGUGGAGGGGGUGGUGGUAAUUCUUCAGCUCAAUGUGAAUCGAAUUCAAAUGCUCCAGUUUUAGUCUGUCCACCUCCAAAUCGAUGGGCUAAUUUUAUUGAUAAUCCAGCUACUAAUCUUAUGCAUACUCAUUUAAAUAAUUUAAGAACGGCACCUGGACACCCUGGAGUAGUUGGAUUAGUCAGCCAUCAUCCAACUGAAGCUGUAGAACUUAUGCGAAUUCAAAAUCAACAACCAUUGAGAACUGCUGUCGCUGCUGGAUCUGUUAUUGUAUCACAGGCUCGUUCAAUUCCAAUUAUAUCAAAUGAUGGUGGUGGUAUAUUAACACAGAUUAGUGAACCACUUUCUCCACUUAUUUAUGGAUCACACGGAUCAUUCCAUGUUCAUCAUUCUAAUCAAAAUUCAGGUCCUCUUCCACUUCAUUUAUCACGUAUUCAUCCUACUCAUGUUAUACAGGGUCUUCAUCCACUUUCAAUGAUUAAUCAACAAUCGCAUGCUGUAUCAAAUACAGGCGUAUCAAGUACAUUUACUGAUACAAGUCAAUUACAUCAUCCUUAUUAUAUUGAAUCUGGUGUGUAUAGUAAUAAUACUACUACUAAUAAUAAUUAUCCUCAACGGCCCAUUCAGUUAGCCUGGAUUGGAGGCAGUGGUGGCGGUGGUUUGGGAGAACAUCAUCAUCAUCAUCAUUCCACUAGUUCCACUGCAUGUCUUGCAUCUCCUGAUUUAUUGAAUGUAGCUUCUGCUGCUUCUCCUGGAGUCUGGCGUUGAAAAUAUAUAUAUACAUAUAUAUUCGAGGGAAAAGUAAUCACAGAUUUGCUCAUGUAUUUAUAAUUUCUCCUCUUCUCUCCUUCUCUCACUCAAAUAGCCGUUCUGUGAUGCAAACUCAUGUUCAUAUACUAAUCUAAUCCUUUAUUUAUUAUUUGUAAUUUGUAAUCAUAUUCAUGUAUGUGUAGUUAUAAUAAUAUUUAGGCCUACACUACUACUACUACUACUUUUAUUAUUAUUAUUAUUUAUCUUGGCACUUUUACUUUACUACAUUUCUCUUACCGGUUUUUUUCUUUUAGUGUACAGUCAUUAUUGUUCUUCUUGUUGUGUGUUCUCUGUUCGGGCUGUUUCUUACAAAAUGAUCCAUAUAAUACGUGUAUUUGAACUCUUUCUCUCUCUGUUCUCACUCAUUUCUUCUCGAACUACACACUUGCACACACAGACUUCCACUUCCUGACUGACUACCCCUCUCUCUCUCUCUCUCUUUAUCUCCUUAGCUGUGAUCUUACUGUAUAACGCGCACACACAUCGAAACAAACUAUGCAAUUUUAUUUACUUGAAAUCUAAUCUAGGCAACAAAAUAUGUUUAUCUCUUCUACUCGCGCGCAAUACAUACAUAUAUACGAACAUAAUAUAUAACUAUAUUUCGAUAGUGUAACAGUAUAUGCUCUAUGAUAUCCCACUUUUUUGAUUUCAUAAGGUGGGAAGGAGAAAGGAAAACCCCGUCCUUCUGCUUUAUUUAUAACACACUACUAAAAAAAAAUCGUGGUUUUUGAAAAUCCCUUACUUCUGUGUUUGUGAAUGUGUGUGUGUGUGUGUGUGUGUACGGUUGGGCGGGUGGAUGAUAUGCUCAAAAUUAUUCUUUGUGAUGAAAAUAUUGAGUAAUUUAUCUAUCUAUCCAUCCAUCUGUUUAUCUAAUUCACUUUUUUAUACUCCCUUUCCUCUACUAUCUAAUAUUAUAGUUGGGGUGGGGUGGGGGUACGCAUCUUGUAUGCAAAGGUUUUGUGGUGUAGAGUAGUAGCCUGACUGAUGAUGCAUACACUAGAACAAUCUUUAGGGGGUAAGUGUUUGAAAUUCCUAUAUUCGCCUAUUGUUAUAUAAUAAUUAUGUGUAUGUAUUAGUGUUACGUUCACUGCUUCACUUCCAACGUUGGUUGAUUACCUGAUUCCCUUCUCUUUUUUUACUGUCUUCUUAUGUUUCUUUUUUUUGAUUUGUUUUCACAAAUCCUGUUCUUCUCAGUACACAAGUCACACACGUACAGUUGUGCAUUCACAUUCCUGUUUUGAUGAUAAGUGUUAAGGUGUGUUUCGUUAGUUAAAAAAAGAUGAAAUAUGAUAGCUCCUCAAUUAGAUCUCUCGCUCACACAUACCCACACAUGCAACAACAACUUCGUGAUAUGUUUUAUUCACUUCCAGUGCUCUGUCAUUUUUGCCACCCCCCUCCACCUCCCCUAAUCCUAUGCUUGCUCUUUUAUUACCCCUCCCCUCCCCUUCCAACUUGUGUAUGUAUUUUCUUUUGGAAUCUGCCUUCCUUUCUCCUUGAAUAAUUACCUGUCUAUAUAUAUAUAUAUAUAUAUAUAUAU